GGAAAAAAUGGAUUUUAAACCUACGCCUGCGGUCAGGAGGAGCAGAGUCUGACAAUGCCCGCGUCUGCGGUGACCACUUCCUCCAAGGUAUAUUAACAGCUAACGUUGUUUUAUGGCGGUGUUUAAAUACCGCAAUGUUAGUUCUAUUGUAGUGAUUACUUGUAGUCUUAAUAUGAACAUUAUUCGACUUUUUAGGCCGCCCUAGCUCCUUAGAUGAGGUUGAGUCGGAAGACUGGGCUCCAACGGUCAACCUCUGUUACCAGAAGUCUAAGCCCAAGUCAGAAGCCUCUCUUCAACGGGAUCAGAGGAUGAAGCUAAAGGAAGACAAACAAAAACGGUAUGAUUGUGCAGAAACUCUGUUGGAUCUUCAGAUACCAGACAAGCAGAGAGUUGAGAGCUCUGAACCAACGCUGACACCUGACCACCCACAGUCCGAGCGCAUCGGUGUGAUUGAGACGUUUAAUGAUGGAGGCUACGCAGAUGCCGGGACCCAGACAGAGCUUACGAUGAAGGACAUUGAGAAGAUGGAGGACGUUCUGAGACAGAACACAACAGAGCUGGCAGAUCUUCACUCCAAAAAACUGGACACAAAUUUUUGUCAGAACUCAUUUGAAAAAAAAAAUGAGGACAAGACUAAAUUCUACAAGGGACUCCCCAACUUUUUAGUUUUAUUGCAGAUUUUUGAGCUGUGUGAGCCCUACAUCACCUAUGGCCCCAUGUCUGUGCUGUCUAAAUUUGAACAGUUUAUGUUAGUUUUAAUUAGGUUGAGACUAAAUCUCCCACUGAAAGAUUUAGCUUUCAGAUUCAAGAUUUCUCUGUCCACACCUCCUCUACAUGGAAGACCUCGAUCUCACCAUCCACAUAGAGGAGGUCUAAUCUUCAGGUGUUUGAAUCGUGCUUAUUCCGACCGCCUACCCGAGACCAUGUUGCCAUGGAGACCCUAA